AUGGCCGCGACUCAAAAAGAUCAGAGGGAGCUCGCGAAAGCGGCUACUCUCGCCCAUGUCCCGGGGGGCGAAGAAUAUGAGAAAAUGAUUUCGGGCAUGCUCUACGACUCCAUGGAGAAGGGACUAGCAACCUCCCGAUUUGGAGCACGGCGUCAUUGCCAUGAAUACAACAACCACUUCCCUUCGGACCCUGCUGCAACCUUCGACACACUCGCCGAAGAACGUCUGCGGAUGCUCCGCCAGUUUGUGGGCCACGUUGGUGACGAUACCUUCAUCGAGCCGCCGUUCCGGGUCGACUACGGCUGCAACAUCAGCCUGGGGAAACGGUUUUACGCCAACUUCGGCUUGAUCAUUCUGGACUGCGCCAUCGUGACCGUUGGUGAGCGCGUCAUGUUCGGUCCCAACGUUUCGCUUCUGUCGGCGACCCAUGAAACCGACGUGCAGAGUCGGCGUGACAACAUCGAAUACGCGAAGCCCAUCACCAUCGGGGAUGACUGCUGGAUCGGCGGCCACGUCGUGGUCCUACCUGGUGUUACCAUCGGUGAGGGGUGCACGAUUGGCGCAGGUUCCGUCGUCACCAAGGAUAUACCGGCCUGGAGUGUCGCUAUCGGGACCCCGGCCCGGGUUGUCAAGCAAACCGCCCGGCACGGACCAGUAGUGUCACCGAAGAGUACCGGACCGGUCGAAGAUGCGCCCCCUAGCGAGCCCAAAUUUGACCGUGCCACGCUUAUCAAGUUGAUGAGCGCCGGGUUUUGUUUCUUCGUUGCGGGCGUCAAUGACGGAAGCACGGGGCCGCUAGUCCCCUACUUCAUGCGCCAGUAUGGCAUCAACACGACUACCGUCUCCGCCAUCUUCGCCGCCAACUUCUUCGGCUGGUUCUUCACCGCCAUCACCAACACCCACCUCUGCCAAUACUUCGACUUCGGCGCGCUCCUCGCCCUCGGCGCCGCCUGCCAGCUGAUCGGCCAUGCCCUGCGCGUGUGGGACCCGCCAUUCGGCCUGCUCGUCUUCUCCUUCUGGUUCAUCACCGUCGGCCAGGCCUACCAGGACACGCACGCCAACACCUUUGUCUCGCGCGUCCCCGGCGCCCACCGCUGGCUGGGCUUCAUCCACGCCAUGUACAUGGCGGGCUGCCUGGUCGGGCCCUUCGUCGCCACCGCCGUCGCCUCCGCGGGGACCGUCUCCCGCUGGUACUUGUUUUAUACCUUCCCGCUCGCGCUGGGCAUCGCCAAUAUUGCGAUGGUUUUUGUCGCUUUCCGCGCCAACGUCGGUCGCGUAGCGCGUGCGCCGUCAUCGUCGUCGGAUGAUGCUAAUGCUGGCAGUGGUGGGCAGGGGGGCCAGGAAUCGCCGAGGGCGGGCUCGAAGAAUGUCACCGCUAUGGACCUCAUCAAGACCACGCUCACGACGCCGAGCGUGUGGAUUCUGAGUCUGUUCUUUUUCUUUUUUCUUGGUGCUGCCGUCACGGUGGGCGGGUGGCUGGUCGAGUACCUGGUUGUUGUGCGGGGUGGUGAGCUGGCGCAGAUGGGCUACGUGCCGGCGGGCUUUAACGGUGGCUGUUUUUUGGGGAGGUUGCUGCUGGCGGAGCCUACGCAGAGGUUCGGUGAGCGCAAGAUGGUGUUUAUUUACGCUGUGCUGUGCGUUGGGUUGCAGUUGUUGUUUUGGCUGGUUCCGAAUAUCAUCGCCGCUUCCGUUGCAGUCAGCUUCCUCGGCUUUUUCUCCGGUCCUUUCUUUGCUACUGGCAUAUCCGUAGCCUCGAAGCUGUUCCCGCCGGCGAUCCAAUCCACGGCCUUACCCUUUGUGUUCGUCAUCGGACAAGUCGGGGGCUCUGCCUUUCCCAUCGUCACCGGCAUCCUGGCCACUCAUGUUGGUGUGGCUGUUCUGCAACCGAUUCUUGUCGGCCUGUACGUCGCUGCCGCUGUGACUUGGCUACUUGUCCCUGCCCCGAAGUCAACCGCCAAUACUGCCCUACAUCAGGAGUAA